CUGGAUUUUAUGUGGUUGAUUGACUAGCUAGCUACACCACUCGCAUGUUAUUGGAACAAGGUGGGUUUUGCUUAUUUUUUUUCAGCAAAUAUUGCUAAGAUGCCUGCUUCACCUCUGCUGACGGUGCCAACUCAAAUUCUGGAGCAACUUCACAUCACAGCUUCAUGUUCUCUCUGUGUGAGGCAGAGUGAGCGGCAGAGAGGAGAGAGCACAUCUGAGUCUCGUAACAGCAGGACCACGUACCACUUGGCCGAGAGAUCGAUGCAUUUAUGCCAAGCCACACAGGAAGGGUGAGCGGCCCGUAGGACGUCCGUGUACUGCCACAGAAAGAGAGAGCGAAAGAGAGAGGAGCGAGAGGAGAGUGAAGGGAGAGAGAGGGGAGAAGAUAUUCAAGGCCAAUUUAAAGGCUUUCAGCUGGUCACUCGGAGCAGCUGCAGCCCAGAGGACCAACACUAAAAGGAUCAACUCUGGUGGGUGCCCUCAAGGUGCAGAGUCGGACAGAGACUGGCAACAAGAGAACAAAGUACUCACAGAAAAGGGGCUUAUUGUGCAUCUAUCAACCUGAAGCACAUCUAAUCAGACAAUUAGCCCUCAUCUUGGGCUAAUUUCCAUGUGUGAGUGGACAGGAGUGGUGAGGUUUCUUCCCAGCAUGCAACUGGCACAGCAACAUAACAGGGCCACUGUGCCCACAGCAGGCUGGAUCCUAGUUUUGGCUCUCUUUCUUGCUCUACAGGGUGCCGCUCAUGCUGCUCCAUCAGGAGACAGCAAGCUGGUUCGUACCACCAGAGUGAGGAGACAGACCCCAGGGGGGAAUCAGCCCCCCUUUGCUUCCUCAGCCAACGAAACCCUGCGGGAGCAACCUGUGGUCUUUAACCACGUCUACAACAUCAAUGUACCCUUGGAGUCUCUGUGCUCUGUCGACCUGGAUGCCUCCGCGCCACCCGCCCCAGGUGACGGUUCUCGUGCCGAGUUGGGGUCCACACCUUCUGUAGAUGGUCAAAUGGAUUUAAAUGGACCAACGGAAUACACUGAGCAGACGCUGGAUGCUGAUAGCCAGGUAACAUUUACUCACCGCAUCAACAUUCCAAAAGCUGCAUGUGGUUGUCCAGCAACAACUACAAUCCAGCAACUUGCCACCAGGGUGGAGAUGCUGGAGAGAGAAGUUUCACUGCUCAGAGCUCAGUGUGGGUCUGGAUGCUGUGGGGAGAGCUCAGCCAUGGGUCAUAUGGACUUUGUCCCAGGCUGCAGUGGCCAUGGCAGCUUCAGUUUCGACCUGUGUGGCUGCAUCUGUGAGGAAGGUUGGUCCGGCAAAAACUGUUCGGAGCCUCGCUGCCCGGAUGACUGCUCCGGCCAGGGGGUGUGCGUGGAAGGGGAGUGCGUGUGUGACCGUGACUUUGGAGGCGACAACUGCUCAGAGCCGCGGUGCCCUUCAGACUGCUCGGGUCGCGGGUUGUGUAUCGAUGGGGAGUGUGUGUGCGAAGAGUCCUUCACUGGCGAAGACUGCAUGGUCGGGAGAUGUCUUAACGACUGCUCGGAUCAAGGGCUGUGCAUCAACGGGACGUGCCAGUGCAGGCCUGGGUACGUGGGAGAGGACUGCUCGCUGGUCUACUGUGCCAACAACUGCAGCAAGAAGGGAGUCUGCAAGGAGGGAUUCUGUGUCUGCCAGGAUGGAUUUGCAGGAGAUGACUGCAACUCUGUGGCACCGGCCAUGAAUGUGAAGAUACGAGGCGUGACUGAUAACACUGUUGACGUGGAGUGGGAGGGGUCAGUUGUGAUGACAGAUUUCUUAGUGACCUACACACCAAGCAGCCCUGGAGGUGUGCAACUUGAGAUAAGGAUUCCAGGCAACACCACCACCUGCACUAUCUCAGGCCUGGAGGCAGGCAUGGAGUACAACAUCAACGUGUUUGCUGUCAUUAACAACAGUAUCAGCGUCCCUGCCAGCAUUACUGUUUCGACCUAUCUCUCCAAUCCAGAUGGUUUAGUCUUCAAAUCUAUCACAGAGACGUCAGUGGAGGUCCAGUGGUUACCCUUCUACUAUUCCUUCGAUGGAUGGGAGAUCAGCUUCAUCCCCAAGGACAAUGAUGGAGGGAUGACUGCACAGCUGCCCAGCACCAUCACUUACUUUUUGCAGACUGGUUUGAGACCAGGGGAGGAGUAUACCGUUAACCUGGUGGCGCUCCGAGACCAGGGUCGAAGCCAGCCAGUCACUGCCACUGUCACAACAUUGAUUGAUGGCCCCACUCAGCUGAUUGUGCGGGACGUGUCAGACACCGUAGCAUUUGUGGAGUGGACACCACCAAAAGCAAAGAUUGAUCAGAUCGUGUUACGUUACGGCCUGGUGGGAGGAGAGGGUCCACGGACCACCUUCCGCCUCCAGCCCACACUCAGCCAGUACUCCCUGCAGGUUUUGCGUCCUGGCUCGCGUUACCAGGUGUCUGUGAGUGGAGUGAGAAAAGGAAAUGAAAGCGGAUCCAUUUCCACUGAAUUUACUACCGCUUUAUCGUUCUUCUCAGAGAUCGAUGCCCCCAAGAACCUGCGGCUUUUGUCCAAGACCUCCACCACUCUGGAGCUUGAAUGGGAAAACAGUGAGGCUGAGGUGGAGGGCUACCAGGUGGUGUACAGCACUUUAGCAGGAGACCAGUAUGAUAAAGUCAUUGUACCACGCAAUGAGGGAGCCACAACUAAGACCUCCCUCACAGACCUGCUGCCAGGCACAGAGUACGGCAUCGGCAUUUCUGCCAUGAAAGAUAACAACCAGAGUACACCAGCAACAAUGAACGCCAGGACGGGUCUGGAUGUGCCCAUGGAUCUAACUGUGACGGCUUCUACAGACAACACCAUCUCUUUGGUGUGGGGCGUGGUCCAGGGCCCCAUCGACCAUUACAAGAUCACCUACACAUCCUCCUCUGGCGUCGCUACUGAGCUGACGGUGCCUAAAGAUGUAACCACCACCACUCUGAUGGACCUUGAGCCUGGGACUGAGUACACCAUCACUGUGGCAGCGAGAAGAGGAAGGCAACAGAGCAAUGCAGCUACCAUAGAUGCCUUCACAGGAAUCAGGCCCGUAACCCACCUCUACUUGUCAGAGGUGACUUCAGACUCAGUGUCGGUGGCGUGGAGCGCCCCAGCACCGCCUGCUGACCUCUUCAUCCUGAGCUACAGCUCUGCAGACGGGACCGACACCUCUAAGGUGACACUGGACGGCUCCAAGACGAGGUCACUGGUCCAGGGGCUGCUGCCGUCUACUCAGUACACCGUCAGUCUAAUCACAAUACAGGGGGAUGUUACCUCUGAGCCCAUUACAGCAUCACUCACUACAGGCAUGGACCCACCAAAAGAGAUGACAGUGUCAGAUGUGACCGAAGACGCAGUGACUAUCUCUUGGAUCAGACCACUGGCCCCAUUUGAAUACUAUAAGCUGUCCUACCAAUCAGCCAGAGGUCGAGUGGACAGCGUGGUGAUUGACAGUGAUGUGACCAACUACACCUUGUCCAGCCUGUUUCCUGCUACAGAAUACGAAAUCAGCCUCAACGCUGUCAGAGGGAGUCAGGAGAGCAAAGUGGUCAGCACCUCCGUCUUCACAGCGAUGGACAUGCCAGCUGAGUUGACAGCUCUCAACAUCACUCCACAAGGAGCCCUGCUGAGAUGGAAUCCACCUGUUUCCAGCGUCGACAACUACGUUCUGACCCUCACACACAACCAGGUGACAGCUGACACUUUCCUUGUGGAAGGCAACAAGCAGGAGCACCAGCUGUCCAACCUUAAGCCAAGCACCACCUACUCUGUAGCCCUCUACGCCACCAAAGGACCCCUCACCAGCGGCACCGUCAUCACCAACCUCCAAACACCCAUGGACGCACCCCUGAACCUGACAGCCAGUGAAGUGAAUCACCGCAGCGCUCUCAUCUCCUGGCAACCGCCAAUCGCAGAAAUUGACAACUACAUGCUUACCUACAAGUCAACCGACGGCAGCCGCAAAGAGCUGAUCCUGGAUGCAGAGGACACCUGGAUUCGACUGGAGGGACUGGCUGAGACCACAGAGUACACUGUCAAGCUCCAGGCUGCAAAGGGACUUGACACCAGCGCUGUAGUCUCCACUACCUUCACUACAGGGAGUCGUCUAUUUGCAACACCUCAGAAUUGUGCCCAACACCUGCUGAAUGGAGAGACGCUGAGCGGCGUCUACACCAUUUACAUCAACAGAGACCCCAGCCAGGGCGUGCAGGUGUACUGCGACAUGACCACUGAUGAAGGAGGCUGGAUUGUAUUCCAGCGUCGUCAGAACGGCCUGACAGACUUUUCCAGGAAGUGGAGUGACUAUCGGGUCGGCUUUGGAAACCUGGAGGAUGAAUUCUGGCUUGGUCUUGACAACAUCCAGAGGCUUGCUGCUCAGGGCCGUUAUGAGAUGAGAAUUGACAUGAGAGAUGGACAGGAGUCAGUCUACGCCAAUUAUGACAAAUUCUCCAUUGGAGAUGCGAGAAAUCUCUACAAGCUCAGGAUAGGAGAGUACAAUGGCACUGCUGGUGACUCCCUGAGCUACCACCAGGGCCGGCCCUUCUCCACAAAAGACAGAGACAAUGACAUCGCUGUCACUAACUGUGCCUUGUCUUACAAAGGAGCCUGGUGGUACAAGAACUGCCACCGGGCCAACCUCAACGGCAAAUACGGCGAGUCCAGACACAGUCAGGGUAUUAACUGGUACCACUGGAAAGGCCAUGAGUUCUCUAUUCCCUUCGUGGAGAUGAAGAUGAGGCCAUUCAACUUCCGUAGCAUCAGCAGCAAGAGGAGGCGGUCUGCCCCUGUAUAAACAAAGCGCCUCCACCCAGCCCAGAGUCAUAGAUAGAUGGAGUUCGGACGAUGUUCACUGAUGAGUUUCUGCUAUAUGUGAGCCUCACUGAUGUGCUCUUUGUAAUGCCUUUUAGUGAGGCUGCAAAGAAAAAUAGGGUUGUAACAAGAAAGCUACUAAUAUUUUAUUAAUAUUCAGUUGUAAAAUAAUAAAACCUAUUAUUAUUAAUAUACUACCAAUACACAUUAUAACCAUGGAUGAGAUCAUGAAAUAGCAGAGAGGGUGAAACAAUGUCCGAACUCAGGUUGUCUCUGCCCAGCUUUAGCUGUCUUUCCCUGCUGUACUUCUACCCAGAUGAUAGAGGACACUGUAUGUAAUUUAUUAAAUACUUUGAAUGGCAAUGGUUUUAUUUCCUGAAAAAAAAAGAAAAA